AUGGCAGCCCUAGAUUCACCCAUCCUUAUUCAGCUACCAUCCAAACGCCACAUCUACGAGACUGUUGUUUAUGAAGCUCAAUACAACAUACCUUCGACGACAACCCAUAAUGAUGUACUUCAAGGCCAAGAUCCCAUUGCUACCGCCAAAGCAUCGGAAAUCCAGAACGACAAUGCCUAUCAUCGCUGGAGACCGCGUUAUCAUCUCAUGCCGCCAACGGGCUGGUUGAACGACCCUUGUGCACCAGGCUAUGAUACCGUCAAUGAUGUCUAUCAUGUCGGAUUCCAGUGGAACCCCAAGAAGCCAGAAUGGGGCGAUAUUUCAUGGGGCAGCGCACUUUCAAAGGACCUGGUUUCCUGGGAGGUUAAUGGCAGUCCGUCUAUUCGACCGUCGAAGAAGCAUGAUGGAGAAGCUGGGGUCUUCACGGGAUGUUGGAGUCCAGUACCCUCAGCACUUGGUCGGAACACUGCAUUUUAUACCUCAGCGCGGAGGCUUCCGAUACAUCAUACACUUCCCUACAACUGGGGUUCUGAAGCAAUUUGCAUUGCCACCUCCAACGACGCCGGUCGCACUUGGCAAAGAGGCAAUGUACCGACUGUUCUGAGUGGCCCUCCUCGCCAUCUCGAUGCUACAGGCUGGCGUGACCCUUACGUUGCCGGGUGGCCUGCUCUCAGCCGGCUACUAGGAGACAGGUCAGAUCAAGCACUCUUUGGCAUUGUUUCUGGUGGUCUUCGCGGCAUUAGCCCUGCAAUAUUUAUUUACUCUCUUGAACAACACGAUUUAACAGCCUGGAACUUCCUCUCUGUGUUGACCUUAGCACCGACCUCCCCAGAGGAACAUCAUUCACAAUGGGAGCCCGACUAUGGUGCAAACUGGGAAGUGGUCAACUUCCUUUCGCUCCCCGACCCUGAUGACCCAGCGAUAAGCCAUGAGGUACUUAUGAUUGGCGUCGAGGGGCGCAAGCAAGUUGACGUCAAGCCUUCUGGACGACAUCGCCAUUCGGAAUUCAGAAGGGAUCACGGUCAGAUGUGGGUUUCAGGCCCUUUGGUGCAGACUUCAGCAGGGAUACAGAUGCAAUUUCGUUCUGGCGGUGCUCUGGACUACGGAGCAAUCUAUGCUGUCAACUCCUUCCACGAUCCGAGAUCCAAUCAGCAAGUUGCAUUUGGCUGGAUUAUUGAGGAAGAUCUCUCUGCAGAACUGAGGGGCGCACAAAGAUGGGCUGGACUGUUAUCGGUCCCGAGAGUCGUUCAGUUGAGCAGGAUACAUCACGUUGUCCAUGCAUUGAAGUCAGAUCUGGCAUCGAUCAAGUCAUUUGACGUGGUGCCAGAGGACAAAGCGCAGCAGAAGUCACUCUUCCCGAAAGACUCUCCUCAGACCUACACGAUUACGACAGUGUGUGCUUUGCCAGACCCUAGACUCAACAAACUUCGCCAACGCAAGCGGCCCAUGGGUCCCAGAACCAAUCACACUUUGCCUGAGGCUCUUGGAAGCUUGGAAUUUCCCCGAAGGUGCUCCUGCUGGGAGCUCGACGUAUCUUUCGAGAUUGGCAAGGACUUACAGAGCAUUGGUUUCAUGAUAAGCCAUACGAAAGAUUCACAACUAUGUACCGUCGUCUCGUUCAUUCCUGACUUAGAAAAGCUCAUAAUCACACGAGACAAAUCCACCAACAUGACAGACAUAUGCGUGGCGGACGAAGAGGCACCGCAUACCCUUUUCUCGACCUUGUCCCCCGGAACUACCGCAGGAGCUGAGCCAAUUUUGUCACAAGAGCCUUUACGACUCAAUGCAUUCUUUGAUAGCUUUUCGCCAAUGGAAGGACGGCAAUCACUACAAGAGUCUACCCGGAAAGCAUGA